GCUCAGAGUCCUUAAGAGAACCCAUGGCUAUUGUAAAAGAACAGAAACAGAGCUCCAAGAAUAAGAGGGCAAGAUCAUCAAACAAUGAAGAAAAGCACACGAUUAGAACCAAUGUGAUCAAUGUUGAUUCAGUGAAGUCUGAUAGUAGCAAACAAAAGAAAUUUAAGAGAGCCACAGAAGAAAGUUUAUAUGAGACUUCUGAAGCUCAGUUUUCUGUUCUCGAAAGAGCAAAUGAGGUUGCAGCAAACCUAGAUCCUCAGUUUCCUAGCAUGGUCAAAGUUAUGUUGCCAUCACAUGUCUCAGGAGGAUUCUGGCUUGGUCUUUCUAAAACAUUCUGCAUUAAGCAUUUGCCAAAGCAAGACACAAUGUUUGUUUUAGAAGAUGAAAAUGGCAAGAAGUUCGAAACGAAGUAUCUUGUUGAAAAGAUAGGACUGAGUGGUGGAUGGAGAGGGUUUUCAAUUGCUCACAAGUUGCUGGCUGGAGAUGUCUUAGUUUUUCAUCUAGUCACAGAAUCUAAGUUCAAGGUUUAUGUUAUUAGAUCAAAUGGCUUAGGUGAAGUGGAAUGCGCUCUUGGCCUUGUCCAAUUAGAUGCUGACAUUCGACCAGUAGAUUCUGCAGAUACUAAUGCAUGUGAAAGGGCAGAAAAUGAGAAUAGGGAACCUAAAUCAGUGGAAAAUCCUGAUGGAGUUAUUCAAAGGAACAAAACCGCAGCCUGUAAUAGUAAACGUGGUAUAGUGUCAGAUCUGUUUGAAGAUGACACUGAAGAUGCUAGUUGUGAAGUUUUGGAAGGAAUCAAGCUUUCAGAGUCUAUUGUCCCUUUUGAUGAAGUGUGCGGCAUUGAGAACUUCAAUGUCAUCUACAAUGGUUUAAUCAUAAAUCCCCUGUUUCCGAAACCCCUUCUGACCAAGUACUAUGAGCUCUGCUGCAGUCAAAACUCUUUCCUUCAUGAGCACCUUCUUGAGGGUCUUAACUACAAACUGGUAGCUGGAAUAAUUUCCGAAACAACCAAUAUUGCAGAUGCCAUUAAAGCCUGCAAGAUCACUACCUUGGAGAGUAGUUUCUCAACUUGGGAUAAGACUUUGCAAGCCGGCGAGAUGUUAGGCAUGAAUGUCAGCUUCCUGCGUGAGCAACUUGAACAGCUUGCGAGUCUUGCUUCAAAAUUAAAAACGUGUGAAGAGGCUAGACUGGAAAGGGAGCAAGAAGAACAAGAGAUGAGAACCAGGUUGGCAAAGCUUUUAGAAGUAAAAGAGAAGAAGGAUAGGCUACAGUCUCGAAUUUCAGUGAAGCUUAUGUCCAGGUUCAAAGAAGUAAUCGAUGCUCCUUGGUAAUGGCAUACUUAAUUAUCUCUUGUUCCUUUUCAGUUUUUAGGGUACCUAGCUCAGGCUUUAUAGUUCCACAACCAGAUAUGCGUGAGAGAUAGAUGAUGAUGCUUAUGAAACGUGUUGUGUUUUGGUACAGUUACACGCACAUCAAUCGACAAUCUAGUUAUAUU